ACUGCCCCUCCCACUCCCAGGUCACCGCCCAAGGGUGGCUCCUCUGGCAGAGGUGCGGGGAAGGUUCACUCUCUCCUGGCUGGGCUGUUCUUUUCACUCCAGUAACAUUGCAACGGCUUUGGGGAGAGGCUCACACCCAGGAUCAGAUACAGGAGGGGCAGCAGGGUGCAGGGAACAGGGGCUAUUCCUGCCCUGCCACUGUCUGUCUGAGAAACCUUGGCCUUGUCAUUCCCUGGCUCGGUGCCUCAGUUUCCCUUCUUGCCAGCCUGUGCCUAUUUCCCUGCAGUUUCACCUGCGUGUUGGUGCCAGUCCCAUCCCCGUACUGCACAGUCUAAUACCGGCUCCUCUCUCUUGCCAGCACCAUGACACCUGCCCUGGAGCCAGAGCUGGAGACCCACCUCCUCCGAGCUGCCCUGCACGCCGUCUUCACCCUGGGCAUGGAGAAGGACACCGCCCAAGUGCAGGAUCUGCCUAGGGUCUUGCCAGACCUCCUGGACGCCAUGCUGGGGAACCUGCUGGCAGAGUCCCCAGACACCGACAGGCUCCAGUACAUCUUGGAGCACAUUAACUACUGGAUCGUGUCCAGGGUGCCGCGAGAGAGAGCCAGGGCCGUUAAGAGCAGCACGGCCCUGCUCAGAUUCACCAUCACCCUCCCUGAGUUUGACAUAAGUGACCUCUGACCCCAGCUUCCUGACUCCAGGCAACUCAGCGGAAUUCCCCAGGAUGGGUCACCACAUGGCACAGCUGGCUCUGUCCGUCAGUGACCCAGCCAAGGACAUCAGCCGGCAGGCCAGGGAGGGGGUUUACCGGCUCUACCAGCUGCUGCUGCACCAGAGGGGUAAGGAACCCAGCUGGGAAAUGGCACCCGCUAGAAGA